CGGCGCUCUGUCUGCCGGGCUCUUUCUCCUCCACGUGGGGACGCAGGAUGGCGGCGGCAGUGGCGGACGAGGCGGUGGCGCGCGAUGUGCAGCGGUUGCUAGUGCAGUUCCAGGAUGAGGGCGGGCAGCUGCUGGGUUCCCCGUUCGACGUGCCCGUGGACAUCACCCCGGACAGGCUGCAGCUCGUGUGCAACGCGCUACUGGCCCAGGAGGAUCCCCUGCCACUGGCUUUCUUUGUCCACGAUGCUGAGAUCGUCUCCUCACUGGGGAAGACGUUGGAGUCCCAGGCAGUGGAGACAGAGAAGGUCCUAGACAUCAUCUACCAGCCACAGGCUAUCUUCAGAGUCCGGGCCGUGACUCGCUGCACCAGCUCCUUGGAGGGUCACAGUGAGGCAGUCAUUUCUGUGGCCUUCAGCCCCACGGGAAAGUACCUGGCCAGUGGCUCUGGAGACACCACCGUGCGCUUCUGGGAUCUCAGCACAGAGACACCACAUUUCACAUGCAAGGGACACAGACACUGGGUCCUUAGUAUAUCCUGGUCUCCAGAUGGCAAGAAGCUGGCCUCAGGCUGCAAGAAUGGCCAGAUUCUCCUCUGGGACCCAAGCACAGGGAAGCAGGUGGGCAGGACCCUCGCUGGCCACAGCAAGUGGAUCACAGGCCUGAGCUGGGAGCCCCUCCAUGUGAACCCUGAGUGCCGCUAUGUGGCCAGCAGCUCAAAGGAUGGCAGUGUGCGGAUCUGGGACACAACUGCAGGCCGCUGUGAGCGCAUCCUCACCGGGCACACCCAGUCAGUCACCUCUCUCCGGUGGGGAGGGGACGGGCUUCUCUACUCUGCCUCCCAGGACCGCACCAUCAAAGUCUGGAGAGCUCAUGACGGUGUGCUGUGCCGGACUCUGCAAGGCCACGGCCACUGGGUGAACACCAUGGCCCUCAGCACUGACUAUGCCCUGCGCACUGGGGCCUUUGAACCUGCUGAGGCCUCAGUUAAUCCCCAAGACCUCCAAGGAUCCUUGCAGGAGUUGAAGGAGAGGGCUCUGAGCCGAUACAACCUCGUGCGGGGCCAGGGUCCAGAGAGGCUGGUGUCUGGCUCCGAUGACUUCACUUUAUUCCUGUGGUCCCCAGCAGAGGACAAAAAGCCUCUCACUCGGAUGACAGGACACCAAGCUCUCAUCAACCAGGUGCUCUUCUCUCCUGACUCCCGCAUCGUGGCUAGUGCCUCCUUCGACAAGUCCAUCAAGCUGUGGGAUGGCAGGACGGGCAAAGAUGCCUUUCACUCUGUCACCUGGUGUUCAAGUGGCUCGAGUGCAGCGGCACGAUCUUGGCUCAUUACAACCUCUGCUUCCUGGGUUCAAGUGAUUCUCCUGCCUCAGCCUCCCAGGUACCUGGCUUCCCUACGCGGCCACGUGGCUGCUGUGUACCAGAUUGCGUGGUCAGCUGACAGUCGGCUCCUGGUCAGCGGCAGCAGUGACAGCACACUGAAGGUGUGGGAUGUGAAGGCCCAGAAGCUGGCCAUGGACCUGCCCGGCCACGCGGAUGAGGUAUAUGCUGUUGACUGGAGUCCAGAUGGCCAGAGAGUGGCAAGUGGUGGGAAGGACAAAUGCCUCCGGAUAUGGAGGAGAUGAGACGGCCCGAAGUUCUCUCUGACCCCCACCUGGACUCGGCCUCUGCCAGCUGCCUUCCCUGCCAGAGAACAAAGGCUGAGAUGGCAGUGCACACACCCUCCCCACCAGUGGGGACCUGAGAAUGCGUGUGGCCUGCUGUCCUCGAUAGACCGGGGUGGGGUUUUCCCACAGAUCCCCUCCUGUGGCACACCCCAGAGCCAGAAAUCGAAAGUCACAGGAAGUUGUCACUGAACUUGGCCUGUGUCUGCUACUCUGUACCUUGCUGGUACAGACAGGGGUGGUGGGCAGCCAGGCUCUAUGAGUGGGUCCCUAGUGUCAGCUCUGUACAGGGUCAGACCCCAGGUUCUAUGACCAAAUAAAUAACUUACGUUUUGUG